AUGGAAAAACUAUCAGAAGAAGAAGAAGAUAAGAAGAGAGACAAGGGUGUUGCCGAGGGAGGUGCAGGAGGAUCAGAUGAGGCAGGAUGCCACUUGUUUGGAUCAAGAAGGACUAGCGGGAAGGAAGGAAGGAAGGCAGGCAGGCUCAACGGUCAACGAUGCUCUGCUGGGGGAAAAGUCAAACACAGGUAUCAUCUGGAAACCGCUGAUUCGUCUAAAACAGGUUUAAAGGCUGCAACUUUUGAGGACUGCGCGGAUGAUCGGAUUGGCUAUUCAGUUCAUUCGGGUCAAGAACUGUUCUUCAUCAACGGGGAUUUAGUGGAUAAGAGCUUGUUCUGCAAUGCCCUUCAGUCCUACUACAUAAACCAUUGCUCUGUGGAGGAAUUUCCAGGGUUUAGCCACUGUUGGCUGGACCUCUCACAAGUUAACUCGCAUCCAUAUAGAGGGAAGAAGCUUUUGGUGGAUGGGGGCGUCAGAAGAGAACUCGCAGAACAACGGAACACUGAAGGGGAAAAAGGGAGGACUGCUUACAAUCACAAGUUAACCACUGUAAAAAUUGGCAUGGCUGGAACUGGAAUUUUUGCUCUGUGUUGCAUUUCACUCUGUUCUUGUUUCUUUAAGAAAAGGAAACCAGCUGGUCACACUGUCCUCUCCAAGGAUGUUUAUUCAACAGCAGAUUCAGUCUCUUCCUUUGGAGCGAAUUCCUCCUUCGAAAGGGUCCCACCAAGUCCUCUUCGGGCCAUAGCGAGUCCACGCCAGACAUCCAACAGCCCAAGAUUCUCAAUGUCUCCAAGUCCAAGACUCACAGGAUUGGGAUCGAUACACCUCAACUUCAAUCAGGUCGCUAAGGCCACUCAAAAUUUCUCACCUGCAAUGAAAAUCGGGAAAGGAGGAUUUGGGAUUGUCUACAAAGGACAUCUUGACGACGGGCGAGUAGUUGCCAUAAAGAGAGCAAAGAGGGACCAUUUCAAGGAUCAGAAGAAUGAAUUCAGUAGGGAGGUGGAGCUCCUUGCAAAAAUCGAUCAUCAGAAUCUGGUGAAGCUGCUCGGGUUCAUCGAUAAAGGAGAUGAACGUCUUAUCAUCACGGAGUAUGUGCCAAAUGGUACUCUGAGGGUACAUUUGGAUGGUCGACGCGGACGAAUUCUCGAUUUUAAUCAGCGGCUUGGAAUUGCUAUUGAUGUUGCUCACGGAUUGACCUAUCUACACAUGUACUCAGAGAAGCAAAUCAUCCAUCGAGAUGUGAAAUCGUCCAACAUUCUUCUGACGAACACCAUGAGGGCCAAGGUUGCUGAUUUCGGGUUCGCAAGGCUCGGGGCCGAGGACUCUGAGCAGAGUCACGUAAAUACAGUUGUGAAAGGGACGGUUGGUUACUUGGAUCCAGAAUAUAUGAAGAGCCACCAACUCACUGCCAAGAGUGACGUGUACUCCUUUGGGAUUUUACUUCUUGAGAUUCUCACCAGCCGUCGCCCUGUGGAACUGAAGAGACCCAUAGAUGAGCGUGUCACACUUAUCUGGGUCUUCAAGAAGCUUGAGGAAGGAAACGUACUUGACCUUGUGGACCCUAAAAUGGAAGAAGCAGUCGAUGGGGAGAUACUCAUGAGAUUCUUUGAGUUGGCGAUUCAGUGUGCAGCACCUGUGCGGGCUGAUCGGCCAGACAUGAAAUUAGUGGGAGAGCAGCUAUGGGGUAUAAGAGCAGAGUAUCACAGGAGAUCGAGGAGAGGUUAACAAGUAUAGAACCUGGAUCGAUGAAUGUAGAAUUCAAUAGUCGUCCUCGGAUUUCUGAGUAAAUGAGAUUGGAUUUCUGAGUAAAUGAGAAAUAGGUUUACCAUCUUACGACUCCUUGUACAUAGCAUAAUGUACGAUGUUAUAUUUCAACUCACAGGUUGAUGUAAUGUUUAUUUGUUGUAAAACUGUUACUUGACGAGAUUGAAACAGGUUAUAUUUCUGUUGUAUGUACUUCGUCAACCGGUCUGUUUGUGACGGUAAUA